AUGGCGACGACUGGAGCCGAUGUGCACGGGGAGAAGGGCGACAUUGAAAGCUUGAAGGCACAUAACCUGGAACAUGACGAAGUCCUAGUAGAUAAGGAUCUUAUGAACGAUGCCUUCGAAGGAGAGAAUCGAGAGCAUGAGAUGGGUAUGUGGGAGGCUGCAAAACAACAUCCCAUGGCUUGCUUUUGGGCAUUUACCUUUUGUUUCACUAUUGUAAUGGAAUCGUUCGACAUGUUCUUGAAUGGCAAUUUCGUUGCACUCGGCUUUUUCCAGAAAACUUACGGUAUCCAACAAGCUGAUGGAUCAUAUGCCGUCCAAACAAAAUGGCAAAGUGCACUGUUUCAGGCAGGUCAAUGCGGUGCCUUCGUUGGUGUCUUCUUGGCUGGCCCUGUUACCAAUCGGCUUGGCUACCGUUGGACUACAAUUCUUGGCUUGAUCAUGAUGAAUGCCACGAUUUUUAUCUCCUUCUUCGCCGACUCUCUCGCUGUACUUACAAUCGGUCAAGCUUUCGAAGGUGUCCCUUGGGGAUUUUUUAUCGCAAAUGCUCCAGCAUAUGCAAGUGAGGUCGUACCUCUCUCGCUUCGAGGUGCAUGUACUGCCACCCUACAAAUGUCCUGGUCUAUUGGCAGUAUCAUCGUCGCCGCUGCCACUUAUGGUUACAACAAAAAGAAUAGCACAUGGGCCUGGAGGGCACCUCUUGCAUUGCAAUGGCUUUUCCCCACUCCACUCUUGAUUCUUAUCUUUUUCGCACCAGAAUCGCCUUGGUGGCUGAUACGACGGGGUCGCAAGGAAGAAGCUAUUCGAUCCAUUACGCGUCUUGGUAAUAAAUCCGAAGGGUAUGCUGAAGGUCAAAUUGCAAUGAUGGAGCGUACCGUCGAGAUCGAAAAGAAAAUAGGAGGGGACCCAACUCUUCUUGACCUCUUCAGAGGUACUGAUUUGAGACGAACUAUUAUCACUUGCUUGAUCUACGCAUCACAAAACUUUGCCGGAAAUCUUAUUGCCAAUCAAGCUACCUUUUUCUUCGAGCAAGCCGGAAUCUCCACAGACUUUUCUUUCAAGCUUAAUUUGAUCAACUCAUGCCUUCAAUUGGUUGCCAAUGUCCUUUCCUGGCCUCUUACAGCCAGGUUCGGUCGUCGAACAAUUUAUCUUUGGGGUACAGCCACUAACGUCACUUUGCUCUUCAUUCUCGGUAUCUGCGCCUCCAUUCCACAGAAUAAUUCGACCAAUUACGCUCAAGCAUGCUUGGGAAUAAUUAUUUCAUUCGUCUUCGCUGGAAGUCUGGGUCCAAUUUCAUACAGCAUUAUCGCUGAGACAUCCUCUGUCCGUCUUCGUGCCUUGAGCACUGGUGUUGGUCGUGCUGCCUACUAUGUUGCAGAGAUUCCUAUGAUUUAUCUUGCCUCACAAAUGCUCAACUCAACCGGAUGGAAUCUUGCAGGAAAGUGCGGUUUUGUAUGGGGAAGCACCGCUGUUGUCUGUUGGGUCAUGGCCUACUUCUUCCUCCCUGAGCUCAAAAAUCGCUCUUACCGUGAAACCGACAUUCUUUUCAAACGGAAGAUUUCUGCAAGGAAAUUCAAGUCGACUAUCAUUGAUGUCAAGGAUAACGAUUAA